UCUACCUUGCCCGCCCCUUUCUCGCUUCCGUCCUGACGCAAGUGCGUGGCUGCCGGCCGCGCUGCAGGCUGGUCCUUGGCCCUGCCCUAGUCAGUUUCCCGGAGCAUGCGCAGUCGCCUUCCCGGCCAUUCCGGGUUUGCGCGUACGUCAAGAUGGCGGCCUCCCUGUCGAAUAAGCUGCUGAGGUGCCUUCCUAGUCUUUCGUCCUUCAGGGGUGCCUACGGAGUUCAGGUUCCCCUCCAAACUCUCUGCACCAAAGCCCCCCUUGAGAAAGAUUCUUUGCCCCCGGUGCCCAUUUCCCCUUAUAAGAAUGAACCCUGGAAAUACCUGGACUCAGAAGAAUACCAGACCCGCUAUGGUUCUCGCCCAGUCUGGGCUGACUACCGUCGCAACCACAAAGGUGGAGUACCCCCGCAGCGGACUCGAAAGAUGUGUAUUCGUAAAAAUAAAGUUGCUGGGAAUCCCUGCCCUAUCUGCCGGGAUCACAAGUUGCACGUUGACUUUAGGAACGUGAAGCUCUUGGAACAGUUUGUCUGUGCUCACACGGGUAUCAUCUUCCAUGCGCCAUACACAGGAGUCUGUAUGAAGCAGCACAAGAAGUUGACCCAGGCCAUCCAGAAAGCCAGGGAUCAUGGUCUCCUUAGUUAUCACAUUCCCCAGGUUGAACCUCGGGACCUUGACUUCAGUAACUCUCAUGGAGCUGUGAGUGCUACUCCACCAGCUCCCACCCUGGUUUCAGGAGACCCCUGGUAUCCAUGGUACAGCUGGAAACAGCCACCAGAGAGAGAGCUGUCCCGCCUUCGUCGGCUGUAUCAAGGCCAUCUCCGAGGAGAGAGUGGCCCCCCACCUGAGUCAAUGCCAGAGGUGCCACUCACAAAGCCAGCGGAAGCCUCCACUGAACAUGCAGGCUCCCAGAGGCCUCUCUAGGAGCUAUAGACUGGGAAGGACGUGGAGGGAUUGGGAGAUAAUGCCUAGGAAUUACUUGCUGGGCCAAUGGCAGGUCCAGCGUCAGUAAAAGGAAAUAAUUGUUGUUGGAGGGGAUAAAUACAUGUGAGGCUGAGAGAGGGCAGUACAGAUGUGAAAAACCCUAAUCCCCACGCAGUGUAACUAGAUGGGCUCAACCUUCUCUUGCUGUUUCAGACCCCUGCCUGCUCGGCUCUUCCACAAUAAAGCUGUGUCUCCUUUCCUCUGGA